GUGCAAAUUGCAAAAGGAAUUGCUAACAAAGCGCUUGCUGCAACUGCAACAACGCAAGAAACAUAUUGGGCGAAAACGCAGUGAAAACUGUAUGCAUGCCACAGCAGUCAAUUAACGAGCAUAGAAGAAGCAGAGCCAACUACAAAGUGCAAGUGCUGGUCAAGUACACAGAGAGAGACACACACACAUACACGGACUGGCUCACACACGUUCCAACGCCCUUUUUCCAGCGAACCCAUCAGUUUGGCAGCAUUGACAAACAACAAGAAAGGUGCAUCCCAUGAAUUAAAAGUGCAACGCGCAGAAUGUCAGCAUAUAAUUCAAGUUUUACGCCAGCUCCACCAAAUGGCAACCAGGGCAGCCUGCUCAAUGGUCAGCCUAUGCAGCCACAACAACAACCACAACAGCAACCACAACAGCAGCAGCAGCUUUAUCAGCAAUAUCAGCCGUUGAAACCCUUGGCACCUUCCCUGCCAAAUCCAGCGCAAUUCCAAGCAACGCAACAGUCAGCGCAGUUUCCCAUUAAUGCCACGCCCACUGGGCCGGCUGCACAGCUGCCGCCGCCGCCGCCUCAAUUCAAUAGCAAUGUAAUGAACAAGUUUUUGCCGCCACCAUUGAGCAAUGGUCCAAUGGCGGCAGCGGCGACUGCUCCGCUAAGUAAUCUGCCCGCUCAUCUGCGACCGCCCAGCAUGCUAAACGGACCUGCCACCGCACCCUCCCUCUCUGCCUCCGCCAACGCCUCAAUUUCUGUAUCCAAUGGCAGCAAUGGCGCACUGAGCGCCAACUCCUCGCGCACAGCAUCGCCCGGUUUGAUCAACAACAAUAUCGCGGUUAGUCUAGCUUCAGCGGAAUUGGGAGCACCACCACCACCAAUAACGAUGCCAGCCAGGCCGCAGCUUGUUCCUGGUCCCCUGGGUAUGACAGUGAAGCCAUCUCAGCUGCAGAUGCCUCAGCAGCAGAUGCCUCAGCAGCCGCAGCAGCCUACAGCUCCGUUGCAACAUCAACAGGGACUGUUGCCACAGCAGUCGCCAUUUAUGGGUCAGCAGCCGAUCAGUCAGUUGCCGCCUCAACAGCAAGCCACUGGGCAGCUGAGCGCCACGUUACCGCCUCAACAACCACCGAGCAGUCAGUUGAGUUCCCAACAACAACAACAGCAGCCACCACGAUCACAACAAUCGCUGCCACCCUUCAGCCAGGUGAGCAACUUGACAAGCAGUAUGCAAAGCAUGAGCAUGUCGCCCAGCAAUGGCAUUGGCAACGCAACGACGCCAAGCUAUGCUCGCAAGGAUGCGCGUGGCGUAGCUGUGGGCCUGGCUGGCCAGGUGCGUCAGUUGGACACGAGUGGGGCAAAUACAUUGCUGUCAUCGAGUGGCGUGGCGCCUGCCCUACAAAAUCCGAUGGGUGUGCCCUUCAGUGCUGCUGUGCCCGGCAAUAAGAAUCCAGCGAGUGUUUUUGGCGUGAGUGGCGCCACAGCAACGCCAAAGCUGGCGAAUAGACCAAUGCCGCCAGCUGGACAGAAACUGGCAUACGGUAUACCAGCACCUGCAGCAGCACCUACUUCAGCGGAGACAAACAAUAAUGCGCAGCGUGGAGCAGCUGCUGCAUUGUCGCCGCCGACAGCACAGCGGCCACCGUGGCAGCCACCAAUUUCUGCAGCUGCCGCUGCGACAUUGCCUGGUAUGGCUGGAGUACUGCAGCCGACACCGCAGCAGGCAUUUAUGCCCUCCAGUCAAACUGUACCAUCUCAGGUGCAACUGCCGCCGUUUGGGCCGCCGCCAAGCACACAGCAGCAGCAGCAGGCGCAGCCACCACAGCAAUAUCCCUAUAAGCAAGCCUUUGCGCAGGCAAUGCCGCCCCAGCAGCAGCAGCAACAACAACAAUUACCACCUCCGGGCAUGUUUGGCGGACAGCAGCUGCCCAGCAAUGCUCCGCUGCAGUAUCAAGGCCAAGGUCAGGCACCGGGGCAACCGCUAAGUAUUGCCCAGCAGGGUUUCAGCCGGCUAUGGGGUCAGGACACCAUCGAUUUGACACAACACCGGCACAUUCUCUCGCCGGCAACGAUUGAGCCACCGAAAAUUGUGCUGCACAAUCAGUUCCACGAGUCCAUCAACUGCAACCCGAGCAUAAUGCGCUGCACACUGGCCAAAAUCCCGGAGAGCAACUCGCUGCUGCAGAAGUCGCGACUGCCGCUUGGCAUCGUCAUUCAUCCAUUUCGCGAUGUCAACAGUCUGCCCGUGAUACAGUGCAUCAACAUUGUACGCUGCCGCUUGUGCCGCACCUAUAUAAAUCCUUUUGUCUACUUUGUCGACAGCAAAAUGUGGAAAUGUAAUCUCUGCUAUCGCGUUAAUGAGCUGCCCGAGGACUUCCAGUUUGAUCCGGCUACAAAGACCUAUGGCGAUGUGACACGACGACCGGAGGUGCGGUCGAGUACCAUUGAGUUUAUUGCGCCAUCGGAGUAUAUGUUGCGUCCACCACAGCCGGCCAUGUAUCUAUUCCUCUUCGAUGUGUCGAUCAUUGCGCAACAGAGCGGCUAUCUGGAGGCCGCCUGCGCUACGCUUAAUCGCCACUUGGAUGAGAUGCCGGGCGAUGCACGCACCCAAGUGGGUUUCAUAUGCUACGAUAGCUUUGUGCACUUCUACAGCAUGGCUGAGGGUCUAAACCAACCGCAUGAAAUGACCCUGUUGGACAUUGAUGAUCCAUUCUUGCCGCGCCCAGACAGUUUGCUGGUGAACCUCAAGGAGUGCAAGGAACUGGUGAAGGAUCUGCUCAAGCAGCUGCCCAAACGUUUCGCCCACACCCAUGAUCCGGGUUCGGCACUGGGUGCCGCCCUCCAGGUGGCCUUCAAGCUGAUGCAAGCAUCAGGCGGUCGAAUAUCCGUCUUUCAAGCGUGCCUUCCAAACAAGGGACCCGGGGCGCUGGAGGCGCGCGAGGAUCCCAACAAUCGCUCAUCGAAGGAUGUGGCGCAUUUGAAUCCAUCGACAGAUUUCUACAAACGUUACGCUCUGGAAUGUUCCGGUUAUCAGAUUGCAGUCGAUCUGUUUCUGAUGAAUCAACAGUAUAGCGAUAUGGCCACCAUAUCGGGGAUAAGCAAACAUAGCGGUGGUUGUGUGCAUCACUUUCCGCUCUAUCAGAAGACUAAGCAGCAUAUGGUGGAUUCGUUUAAGGAGUGCUUUAAACGCUACCUGACCCGCAAGAUUGGCUUUGAAGCAGUGAUGCGCAUCCGAUGCACACGCGGCUUGCAGGUGCACACAUUCCAUGGCAACUUCUUUGUGCGCAGCACGGAUCUAUUGUCGCUGCCCAAUGUCAAUCCGGAUGCCGGCUAUGGCAUGCAAAUAUCGUACGAGGAGAACUUGACCGAUGUGAAGACCAUCUGCUUCCAGGCGGCGUUACUCUAUACGAACAGCGAGGGUGAGCGACGCAUCCGAGUCCAUACUGUGUGCCUGCCAGUGACCGCUUCCCUGCCCGAAGUGAUGCAUUCGGCCGAUACGGAAGCCAUAGUGUCCUUACUCUCAAAAAUGGCAGUGGAUCGCUCGAUAGCAUCGAAUCUGUCGGAUGCGCGAGACGCUUUCAUCAAUGCAACCAUCGACGUGUAUAAUGCAUUUAAGAUUGCACAAAAUCUUCCCUCCGGCCAGUCUGGACAGUUGAUAGCACCACGCAGUCUGGCGCUGCUGCCGCUCUAUAUUCUGGCGCUGCUUAAGCACCCCGCUUUUCGCGUGGGAACCAGCACGCGCCUCGAUGAUCGUGUCUAUGCGAUGGACUGCAUGAAAACGCUGCCGCUGGAUCAGCUCAUGAAAUUCAUCUAUCCCGAGCUAUACAAAUUGGAUGCGCUUGUCAGCCAUGUGCGCAACUCCAAUCUGAGCACACCGCAAGAUGACGAUGAUGAUGACGAUGAGCUUUUGCCAUCAAUUCCACGCUUGCAACUAUCAGCGGAACAUCUGGAUUCGCGUUCGAUAUUCCUGAUGGACUGCGGCACAGUGAUAAUGCUCUAUGUGGGCAUGAAUGUGCCCACUGAUGUACUGAAAGAUAUGCUGGGCAUGCGGUCCACGACGGAACUGCCCGAUUAUGUCUAUGGUUUGCCCAACGUUGUCACCGCCGUGAAUGAUGCGCUCAAGCGUUUUAUACUUCGGCUGAACUACGACAAGCCCUACGCACCUAUUAUUCAAAUUAUCAGGGAUACGAGCACGGCGAAGGCGCAGUUUAUUGAAAGAUUAACGGACGAUCGCAGUGAAUCUAGUUUGUCAUAUUAUGAAUUUUUGCAACACAUUCGGGCUCAGGUUAAAUAGUAUUUAAGUCGCAAAUCCUACUACUAUUGUAUACAACAUAAAUACGAGUUUCUUCAAACUUUCAAAGCAAAAACAAAAACUCUGGUGACUAAUAAGUAGGCAGACAGCAGUGGAAAAAAAAGUGGGAGCGACUGCAACCAGCAAAGGUUUAUAUAACAAACACAUUGCAAGUUGAAACAACACACAACAAAAAUAUGUAAAACUAAAUGCAUAAGGCAUGUGAACAAAAGAAUGUUGAAUAUAUUAUAAAUGAGUAAGAACUUGAGAACCAAGUGCAAAAGUCGAAAAAACAUACGAAAAACUAGAUAGUCGUUCUCCUCUGAAAAGAUAAUUUUUUAAGUGCGUGUAUUUAUUUAUUUGUUGAUUUGAUGCACUAAAAAAUAACAAAAAAAAAUUAUUAAAAAAAAAUAAUUAAAAAUCGAUAAUUAAAAAAAAAAACAAAAGACAAAAUGCUGUCACAAUAUUUUAGUCCUUAUAGCCUGCAAAUACUAGUUAGACGAACCAAGUUAUUUAUUCUAGCAACAAACCCAAAUUGUACAUUUUUUUUAGUCACAUGUGCUUUGCGUUUUUCGAAAACAAAGCUUUAAAUUAUAUACUAUUUUUUUCCUACAACUUGAUAUGUUUUCAAUAACAUUUUGUUGCUUGCUUGUUAUUGCUUUUAUUUAACCUUUGCGUUAGCUGUUUUCUGUAGUAUUUAUUUUCCAAAUAAUAAUUUUACAAACUUAUCUAUAAGGUAUUGGAUUGACUAAACGAUGGUGUGGAGCUAAUUGCCAGUUAGCUCAUUGUAAUGUAGUUAGCCAACUUAUUUCAAUGUUUGUAUUGGGAACAGUAGAUAUAUAGCUGGUAUUGUGUGGAAAUGCAUUGGACUGCUAAGGAAUGUUUCUUUUAAGUUACAAAAUAAAUACGUUAUACAUAAGACAUCUACACAAAAAUGAAAAGAAAAUCACUUAGGUAAUUCAAGAAAUACAUGCAAAGUACAUAGUUGAAACCUUUUGUACGAUUCGAGGAAUAGCGAAUAUUCAAUUUAUGUCAUUGAAAUGUAUUAGCUACCGAGCGAAACUAAUAAACGUAUAAUGUACAAUAAAAUAUUAUAUACAUAUACAAUACACAUAGAAAGCAAAA